AAGAUGGCAACUGUGGAACCGGAAACCACCCCAACUCCUAAUCCCCCACCUACAGAAGAAGAGAAAACAGAAUUUAAUCAGGAGGUUGCUAACCCAGAACACUAUAUUAAACAUCCACUACAGAACAGAUGGGCGCUUUGGUUUUUUAAAAAUGAUAAAAGCAAAACUUGGCAAGCAAACCUUCGACUGAUCUCUAAAUUUGAUACUGUUGAAGACUUUUGGGCUCUGUACAACCAUAUCCAGUUGUCUAGUAAUUUAAUGCCUGGCUGUGACUACUCACUUUUUAAGGAUGGUAUUGAGCCCAUGUGGGAAGAUGAAAAAAACAAAAGAGGAGGACGAUGGCUAAUUACAUUGAACAAACAGCAGAGACGAAGUGACCUCGAUCGCUUUUGGCUAGAGACACUGCUGUGCCUUAUUGGAGAAUCUUUUGAUGACUACAGUGAUGAUGUAUGUGGAGCCGUUGUUAAUGUUAGAACUAAAGGUGAUAAGAUAGCAAUAUGGACUACUGAAUGUGAAAACAGAGAAGCUGUUACACAUAUAGGGAGGGUAUACAAGGAAAGGUUAGGACUUCCUCCAAAGAUAGUGAUUGGUUAUCAGUCCCAUGCAGACACAGCUACUAAGAGCGGCUCCACCACUAAAAAUAGGUUUGUUGUUUAAGAAGACACCUUCUGAGUAUUCUCAUAGGAGACUGCGUCAAGCAAUCGAGAUUUGGGAGCUGAACCAAAGCCUCUUCAAAAGCAGAGUGGACUGCAUUUAAAUUUGAUUUCCAUCUAAAUGUUGCUAAGAUAUAAGAGAAGUCUCAUUCGCCUUUGUCUUGUACUUCUGUGUUCAUAUAUUAUUAUUAUUUUUUUUAAUUUUGGCUAGCAUAUCCACUACCUAAUCAAAGAAUUACAGUACACAUCAUCCCCAGAAUCCAUAAAUGUGUUCUUGGCCCACUCUGUAAUAGCUUAGUAGAAUUACAUUACAAACACAUUUACCCAUCCACUAUAUUCAAAAAAGAACUUGGCAUUUCUAUACCUUAAAGGAAAAAAAAUUCAAUGUUCCAUUGUAUGCAGGAGCAUAUUUUGCUGGUUUGGAAGAAUAUGAUGCAUACAGUUUUCUAGCAAUUUUCUUUGUUUCUUUUUACAGCAUUGUCUUUGCUGUACUCUUGCUGAUGGCUGCUGGAUUUUAAUUUAUUUGUUUCCC